AUGCAGCCGACCCUCGAGCCCGCGGACCACCACCACCACCGUCCCUGGGCAGACAAACUGCCGUUUGAACACCGACACCACCAACGAAGUCUCUCAGCGGCGCAAUCCUUCGACUCUAUUCAGCUCAGUUUUCUGACAAAACCCUACGGUCGCGUCGGAAUCGCCGGCAAACGGCUCCCGGACCUGGUCGAGGCGAACCCCUUCCCCCGCCCUGCACAGAACUCGACAUCUGAUGUUCUCUGA